UGCGCAGGAAGGUGCGUUAGGAUGGCAGUUGCUGGAGUCGGAGGCUGGGCGGCGACGCCCCAUAAUGAAGACUAAUGCUAUACUUCAUUUUAAAUACAAAUUCCAUGGAAUUAUAGUUGGUCUACUCUGCAAUGUCUCUAUUUAAAAGCCAAAGUGAGGACAGACAAGAUGAACAACAUGAGAGAUAUCUGCAAGCCAACAACAAAGAAUUCAACAGUAUUUUUGGAUAUCCGAACAAUACCAUCAAGACCUCAAAAUAUAGUGUCUUUAAUUUCCUGCCCCUGAACCUAUUUGAACAGUUCCGGAGACUUGCAAAUGCAUAUUUCCUCAUUUUGCUAUUUUUACAGUUGAUUCCCCAGAUCUCCUCCUUGCCAUGGUAUACAACUAUGACACCCCUGAUGGUGGUGCUGUCCGUAACAGCCGUGAAAGAUGCCAUCGAUGACCUGAAAAGGCAUCAAAGUGACGAUCAAGUCAACAACUGGCCUGUUCUGCUACUGGCGAAUGGCAACUAGAUGAAGGAGGACAAAUGGAUGAGUGUUCAAGUGGGAGAUAUAAUAAAACUAGAAAAUAAUCAGCCUGUCACGGCAGAUAUACUAUUACUCUCUAGCAGUGAGCCAUAUAGUCUGACAUAUGCAGAGACAGCAGACCUGGAUGGUGAAACCAACCUGAAAGUGAAGCAGGCCAUCUCAGUUACCAGUGACAUGGAAGAUCGCCUGGAGCUUCUGUCUGCCUUUAAUGGAGAAGUGAGAUGUGAGGCUCCCAAUAACAAAUUGGACAAAUUCUCAGGAAUACUGACCUAUAAGGGAAAAAACUACUUCCUGGACCAUGAUAAGCUGCUACUCCGAGGCUGCAUCAUCAGGAAUACAGAUUGGUGCUAUGGCUUGGUGAUCUACACUGGGCCAGAUACCAAAUUAAUGCAGAAUAGUGGAAAGUCCACUUUUAAACGAACACAGAUAGACCAUCUCAUGAAUGUCCUUGUACUCUGGAAUUUCCUGGUUUUAGGCAUCAUGUGUUUUGUCCUAGCAGUUGGGCAUGGCAUUUGGCAGAACAAGAAAUGCUACCACUUCCAGAUUUUUCUGCCAUGGGAAAAAUAUGUCUCUUCAUCAGCUGUCUCUGCCAUCCUCAUAUUCUGAUCCUACUUCAUUAUUCUCAAUACCAUGGUGUCCAUUUCCCUCUAUGUCAGUGUUGAAAUAAUAAGAUUGGGCAACAGUUUAUAUAUCAACUGGGAUUGGAAGAUGUUUUAUGCACCAAGGAACACACCAGCACAGGCUCGUACUACCACCCUCAAUGAGGAGCUCAGCCAAGUCAAAUAUGUGUUCUCUGACAAAACAGGGACUCUGACUCAGAACAUUAUGAUUUUCAACAAAUGUUCUAUUAAUGGGAAGCUCUAUGGUAUGCAUGUCUUCCUGCUUUCCCCAAGUCCUGGGAAAUUUUUACUUUGCAAGUUUUCAAGACUAAUCUAUUAUACAUACAUGAAAACAUCACACUGUGAUACUUGUAACGAGGAUGGACAGAGGGUGACGGUCUCUGAGCUAGUUCCAAUAUAUUCUUCAUGCUGCUACCAGAGGACUUUCUCUGAACAAGAAUCCAUGUCACUUCCAGUGGAAAAUCACUAUGACACCUUAUUGAAAGAAAAGGUCGACUUCUCCUACAACAAACUGGCUGAUCCUAGGUUUUCAUUUUAUGACAAGACUUUGGUGGAAGCAGUGAAAAAGGGAGAUCACUGGGUGCACUUGUUUUUCCGCUCACUCUCAUUGUGUCAUACUGUGAUGUCAGAAGAAAAAGCAGAAGGCAUGCUGGUGUACCAGGCUCAGUCACCAGAUGAAGGUGCCCUGGUCACUGGUCCUGCCAGGAACUUUGGUUUUGUGUUCCGUUCCCGCACGUCUGAGACAGUCAUAGUGGUUGAAAUGGGGAAAAUCAGAGUCUACCAACUGCUGACUAUUUUGGACUUCAACAAUGUGCGCAAGAGGAUGUCUGUUAUUGUGCGGACACCUGAAGAUCGGAUAAUGUUGUUUUGCAAGGGUGCAGACACUAUCAUCUGUGAACUGCUUCAUCCAUCCUGUAGUUCCCUCUAUGAUGUGACCAUGGAACAUUUAGAUGAUUAUUCCAGUGAAGGCCUCUGCACCCUAAUGGUGGCCUACCGAGAGUUGGAUGAAGCAUUCUUCCAGGACUGGAGCAGGAGGCACAAUGAAGCCCGCUUGUCUUUGGAGAAUUGGGAAAGCAAAUUAUCAAGUGUCUAUGAAGAAGUUGAAAAAGACUUGAUGCUGUUAGGGGUCACAGCCAUAGAAGACAAGCUACAAGAUGGAGUACUUGAGACAAUCAUCAUCCUGAACAAAGCCAAAAUUAAACUAUGGGUUUUAACUGGAGAUAAGCAAGAGACUGCUGUGAACAUUGCCUAUUCCUGUAAUCUAUUUGAGGACGAAAUGGAUGAGGUUUUCAUCGUGGAAGGCAGGGAUGAUGAAACUAUUCGGAAAGAACUCAGGACAGCAAGGAACAAGAUGAAACCCGAGUCUCUCCUGGAUUCAGACCCCAUAAACAUUUACCUCACCACAAAGCCCAAACUACCUUUUGAAAUACCUGAGGAGGUGGCCAAUGGCAACUUUGGCUUGAUCAUCAAUGGCUACAGUCUGGCCUAUGCUCUAGAAGGGAACCUGGAAUUGGAACUGCUGCGAACAGCGUGCAUGUGCAAGGGGAUGAUCUGCUGCCGGAUGACACCCCUUCAGAAGGCCCAGGUGGUAGAGCUGAUGAAGAGGUACAAGAAGGUGGUGACACUGGCCAUCGGGGAUGGGGCCAAUGACGUCAGCAUGAGUAAAGCUGCCCACAUUGGGGUUGGCAUCAGUGGCCAUGAGGGACUGCAGGCCAUGCUCAACAGCAACUUCGCCUUCUCCCAGUUCCACUAUCUUCAGCGUCUACUCUUGGUCCAUGGCCGCUGGUCUUAUAAUCGCAUGUGCAAGUUUCUCAGCUACUUCUUUCAUAAGAACUUCACCUUCACCCUGGUGCACUUCUGGUAUGCCUUCUGUAAUGGGUUCUCUGCACAGACAGUUUAUGAGACCUGGUUUAUCACGUGCUACAAUCUGGUCUACACUUCCCUCCCUGUCCUGAGCAUGAGUGAUAUGAAUGAGACAUGGCGCCUCCAUUUCCCAGAGCUGUAUGAGCCAGGCCAGCACAACCUCUAUUUCAACAAGAAGGAAUUUGUGAAGUGUUUAAUGCAUGGGAUCUACAGUUCCUUCGUGUUGUUCUUUGUCCCCAUGGGGACUCUUUACAAUGCAGAACGAAAUGAUGGGAAGGACAUCUCCGACUACCAGUCCUUCUCCCUGGUGGUGCAGACCUCCUUGAUCUGGGUGGUCACAAUGCAGAUCGCCCUGAGGACAACCUACUGGACGAUGAUAAGCCAUGUCGUCAUCUGGGGUAGCCUGUGUUUCUACUUUUGCAUGUCAUUCCUCCUGUACAGCGAUGGCUUGUGCCUAGCAUUCCCUGACGUCUUCCAAUUCCUAGGUGUGGUCAGGAAUUCUCUGAACCAGCCGCAAAUGCUGCUGAGCAUUAUCCUCAGUGUGGUCCUCUGUAUGUUGCCUGUGAUUGGGUACCAAUUUCUUAAACCACUAUUCUGGCCUAUCAGCGUGGACAAGGUUUUUGACAGAAUUCAAGAGUGCAGGAGACUUCCACGGCAGUUCCCAGUCCGGAUCAAACUGAAACACUCAAGUGCUCGACGUUCUGCCUAUGCAUUCUCCCAUAAACAUGGCUUUGGGGCCCUCAUCGCUUCUGGCAAGACAAUGAAGUCCAGGAUGUCCAAGAGAAACACCCUUUUUUCAAAAAGAUAGAGGCCCUAGGGAAAUUCCAA